AUCCGCAAGGCCUACGAUCUGGGGCUGCACCGCGAUGUCGGCAUCUCGAAGCACAGCCCGAAUGCCAUCGUGUCGCGCACCGAGACCGAGGUGCGGCUGCGCGCCUGGUGGGGAUGCUUUAUUAUGGACAUCAUGGUCAGCGCGACACUGGGCCGCCCCACCACCAUCCACGACUUCACCUUUGACGCCCCAUUCCCAACCGACUACGGCGAUGAC